AUGGAUGCAUUGGUGCAACAGUCACCAGAGUAUGUUUCACUUGUAUAUGGUGCCAUGAAGCUGGUGUCAGUCGGUGUCGUAAAUCAUGAGAAGUCUCUUGCAAUAAUUACGGACGGAUUGUGCCAAGUAGCAGACGUCCUUCCUCGUAUGGAGAACACGGUGAAUUUAUACCCCACAGUGCAGAUGCGUAAAUAUAUGAUCAUGCUCCAAGCUCAGAUCAUAAAAUUUCUCACAGUCUCACUAUCCUGGUUCAAAGAGAGCAGGGCUCUUCAUAUUCUCCAUUCAGUCACGCAGCCUCCCCAAAUUCAAUACAACGAUCUCGUUGAGAAGAUUGAAAUUCUGUCGCAAAGUAUCUCCAUUACAGCCCAACUCAGUAGUUUUGCAGAACAGCGAGAUAUGCACUCUGUGACGAAGAACAUCAUGUCAAAGCAAGAGAGUUUAGAAGAUCAGGUCGAUGACAAGUUUAAAAAGAUCUCCCAAGAGCUUUGUGAACUCAAGACCGCUGUGGUGACUGCCCAGACUCUCAACUCGAGCGCACAAGUCUCGAUGCAACAACAACUUUCCCAACUGCAGCUGAUGAGCUUCAUCAACAACCUCAGCUUAAAUGUUACUCUGGAUCCAACAAAGAGUCUCCAGAUGUAUUUCUUCGCUCGCAAACGACAACACACGCGUCAAGCAGACGGCUCAGCUUUCUGGUUGGCUUCCAAAAUGCAGAAUUGGAAUUCAAGCAUAGCAUCCUCACUUUUGAUGGUAAAAGGAAGCCACAGACUGCGGAAUGAAAUGAAGAAGUUUUCUGCAGACGCCAUACAACUGCUUCGAGAGUCCAACAUACCUGUAAUAUGGGCAAUAAAAACCAGCGAACCGCAGACACCGACACCAAUAGGCAACACAACCACGAUCGAUAUUAUCAAAAGCCUCAUACUCCAAGCCAUCAACCUCAAUUCAUCUCUCCACACCGAGCCCAGUCUCUGUUCUCACUUACAAAUGUAUCUCUCCGCCAAAACCGAGGCAGACUGGUUGGUUCUCCUCGCAUCUGUGCUGAAAGGCAUCCCACUUUUAUAUAUCAUAAUCGACAUCCAACUUCUGUUCACGCCCACACCAGAGUCAUCUAUUGGGUUUUCUUGGCCGACGGGAAUCUUUGAACUUUUCAAAGAGCUUUCAGAACGAGAUAGUAAGACCGUCGUGCGCGUCUUGAUGCUGAGCUAUGGCUCGUCUUUUUUUACGCAAGAUGAUAUGAGAGGGUAUAGUAGAGAUAUUCUUGUUGUUGGAAAUAAGAAGCAGGCGGCUAAGGAGAUGAAGAGAGGGUCAAGGAAAGAGGCGAAAGGGCAAAGAGGUGGACAGAGAGGGGAUUUGGAUCUGGGGAAAAUUCCGCACAGGCGGAUGAAACGAUGA